AUGGUGACCUUCUCCAGCGACUCAUUGAGUAAACUCUGCUCCCAGGAUCAGCGGGUCCUGCUCGACUCGAUCGACCAACUCCGUUUGCAGGGCAUCAACAGCUACAUUUCACUUCCCCAAAUCAUCGUCUGCGGCGAUCAGUCGUCCGGGAAAAGCUCCGUCCUGGAAGCCAUCUCCGGCAUUCCCUUCCCCGUGAAAAGCAACCUUUGCACUCGGUUUCCAACUGAGCUUGUCCUCCGCAAGACCGACCACACGAGCGCCUCGGUCUCUAUUGUGCCCCAUGAGUCCCGCAGCGAGCAGGAGCGCAAGGCUCUCCUCGCCUUCCGUUCGGAUCUAGACGGAUUCGAUGCUCUCCCAGACCUAAUCGAAAAGGCCAAGGCCGAGAUGGGCAUCACCGCCCAUGGCCGGGCCUUUGCAAAGGACAUCCUCCGCAUCGAGGCCACCGGCCCAAAUCGCCCACAUCUCACUAUUGUGGAUCUUCCAGGUCUCAUCCACACCGAAACCAAGAACCAGACGGGUGAGGACGUCCAGCUCAUUCAGGAUGUCGUCAAGUCCUACAUGAAGGAGGCCCGCUGCAUCAUUCUCGCCGUGGUCUCGGCCAAAAACGACUUUGCCAACCAGGUGGUAUUGAAGCUGGCCCGGACCGUCGAUCCCACGGGCGCUCGCACGCUGGGUGUCAUCACCAAACCCGACACCCUGGUCCCCGGGGGCGCCAGCGAGACCCAAUACGUCUCUCUAGCCAGAAACCAGGAGGUUGAGUUCCACCACGGCUGGCAUGUUCUCAAGAACCUGGACUCGGAGAAAGGCAUCGCCGACCUCUCCAUCCGGGACGCUGAAGAGACCGAGUUCUUCAACCAUGGGGCUUGGAAGUCCCUACCCGUCUCCUCUCUCGGCAUCGACAGAUUGCGCACCCGUCUCAGCCGGGUCCUCCUGGGCCAGAUAGCCACCGAGCUGCCCAGUUUGAUGGAGGAAAUCGACCAAAAGUUCAAAUCCUGCCGGGAGCAGCUCGACAAGUUGGGCAUCCCACGGACCACUACGGAUGAGCAGCGCAUGUACCUGGUCCAGCUGAGCCAGUCAUUCCAGGCCUUGGUAAAGGCUGCCGUCGGCGGCAACUACGACAGCUCCUUCUUUUGUGACGCGAAAACCGACCGAGGCUACCAGCAGCGCAUCCGGGCCGUGGUGCAAAAUCUCAACGAGGACUUUGCUUCGCAGAUGUCGCUCAAUGGUCACUAUCGGACUAUCGUCGAGAAGCACAGCCUAGAAGACACUGUGACGGAAAUACUUGUUCCCCAGCAGGACAUUCGGGUUUCCAGGGAGGAGUUUAUUGAUCAAAUCGAGCAACUGAUGCGCAAGACCCGUGGCCGUGAGCUGCCAGGUACCUUCAAUCCCAUGAUCGUCGUCGAUCUAUUCCGCGAGCAAUCGCGCCCCUGGGCCGCCAUCGCCCGCCGCCAUGUCGAUGACGUCUGGACCGCUGCCUCGACCUUUGUCAAGUCUGUUUUGCUACACACCGCCGAUACUUCAACGGCCAAGUCGCUUCAGCACAUCGUGUUCGACCCCGCCCUGCAGCGCGUCCUACAAGCAAUGCGUGACAAGACCGCGGAGCUCCUCAGCCCGCUUCAUGGCGGCCAUCCUAUCACAUACGACCAUGCCUUCACCGAGGCCCUCAACAAGGUCCGUUCUAGCAGGCGGAGUCAGACACCGGAGGAUAUCCUCCUCAAGUUCUUCAACUGCACGUCUAUUUCCACAAAAGUACACCUCGGUGGAGAUUAUGAUCUCAAAGCGCUUGCAGCCGCUCUAACCCAGGACAAUGGGUCAAACAUGAAGCGGUUUGCCGCUACCGAGGCACUCGAUUGCUUGAACGCAUACUAUGAGGUAGCUCUAAAACGGUUUGUGGACGACAUGGCUGUCGAAGUCAUCGAGGCCAAGCUGGUGUCCAUCCUCGACAACAUCCUCUCCCCGCUCUCGGUCUGCAAAAUGGACUCUCAGGAGGUGGCCAGUAUUGCGGGAGAAUCCGAAGAGAUCCGCACGGAGCGCGACCAGCUGAAGAAGCAACUCCAUGUUCUCCGAAAUGGUUCAAAGACUUGCAGACUCUUCCUCGGGUAUCGAGUCAGUGGGGGUAUGAUCCCUCCAAUAUUUCUGCCCACCUACUAUUCUCUUUGA